UACAGCGUGCGUAGAGAGAACCCGAGACACCUAGGGAGACCGACGACGGACGCACAGUAGAGAAUCCGAGCAUGCGAGGAUGGAGAAUGUCGGCGACACGACAAGGACGGUGCUCGGCCGUAGUUCGACACGAGAUGAGUUUUCGGGGGGACACUUGAUAUGCAGGUUGCCGUCGAGGACUCCCACCGUGAUACGUAGCGCGGGUUCCCGAGUCGAAGAAGAGACCGUGUAGGGCCGAUUCGACGAGGCCAAAGAAGAUGCGUGCGAGGCAUGGAGAUGUCAUGGGCGGAAGACCACCUAGAGGGAAGGGGAAGGAUGGCCAUGAUUCGGACGUCCGGAGCAUACCGGAUCGUCUUGAUGCUAGGCAUCCUGCAGAGGCGAUCCAGCGAACGCAAGCGGGGUGUCUCGCAACUGACCGGGAUAGGCUCACCGAAGGCUGCAGCUGGCUAUCCAAAUCGAGCGCACCUCGAAGAACGCAGCUAGGGUUAGGAGCAUGGACAGGACUGCGGCAAUGGCAUGGAAAGCCCUGGUCGCGGCAGUCACCGUGCGGCUCAUCAAACUCUCGCACACAGCUCUUCCCAAUUGCAAAUGCUCAUAUACAUAAGUACAUGGCCUCGGACUGCGCCUCCGCUCAUAAAUCCACGUCGCGUGCUCGUAGAGUGCGAGUGCGAAGAUGUCCGAUCUCCAGCCUACCCAUCUCCUCCCUCCCCCCGACGCCUCACACACACAAGUCAUGCCAUCAAGUGCCGACGAUCUUAUUGAUCUCGGUCAGAGCAGUGCCGAUAAACAGGAUGACGAGGGACCGGGCGCCGAUGAACAGAGCGAUGAGGAACCCAGUGCCGAUGAAUGGAUUGUCCAGAAAUACACCGAAACACGGACCUUCAGACGCUGGCGGGAUGCCUGUUUUCAAGGCACUCUGCCCCUGACCCUCUCCGCUCGCGUCCCCCUCGAGAUCUUCGAGCUCGUCAUCGACAAGAUGGAUUCUCCCGCAUUGACCGCCGCGGCGCUGGUCUGCGCAGCAUGGUACCCUCGAGCGAUGCGCAACCUCUACCACACCAUCGAUAUUGGCAGCCGCACAAGCUACGACAUGCUAUUCAAGCAGUGUAACGCGUCACCACGCGUCAAGCGGUGGCUUGCGAGGACACGCGUGCUGGUGGUACAUGAGCCAUCUGCAUCCUCGCCGUCAGGCAACAAGACCAAGAGUCACAGUCA